AUGCGGUUCGUGCCUCUCCCGUACCCAUCGGUGUCCACCGUGAAACAAUGGCGACUUCAGGGCAAGACCCAGGAAGAGAAUGGCAUCGUCCCAAAGGGUACCUUUCAGAAGGCCGAGCUGUGGCAAGCAUGGACAGUCAGCAACAUGAGCGAUUGCAUUUGGCUUCGCAAUCGCAUGGGCAUUCGCUACGCGUUCCUGGAGGACCCCAUUCUGAUGGGCAUGCUGGCUGCGAAGAGUGCAAAGGGCCUGACGGCUCGUGUGAAAAAGGAGUCUAUUGCGGAGGCCGUGGAGAAAGCGCAUCAGUCCCAGAUGCAAGGCACUGCGGACCAAGAGGCUCGUGCUAUGAUUGGUCCCAGAGGUGGCCUUCCAACCCUUCGCUCAGAUCUUCUUCGUUUGGCAGCGUUGCUUCAUGUGCAUAUUGGAGAGAAGGACACCGUGCCGGUGAUCAAGGAGAAGCUGAAGCCUAUGGUGGAAGCGCUCAAGGGCCGCACUCCGGCUGCCGACAGCCGAGCUUCGUCCUCAACGGCACAGCCACCACCUGUGCGUCCUACAAGCGCACCAGUGCAGAAGCCCGCGGCGAAACCGCCACCGAGGGCCAUUCAGUCCUUCACACCACAGCCUUGCGAGGUGCUUCAUCAGACUCGAUCCAUGGCCGCCCUGGAACAGCUUCUGAAGCAGGUCAGCGCCGCCGUGGAGCAGAUCAAGGACCAGCCCUACAGCAUGCAGACUCAAGGAACGAUGCCUCAGCAAUACUCUCUCGAGCAGGCUUCCGACGUCUCCAUGAACGACUUGGACGCAGAGGCUCAACGCCAGCUGAUGGAGGACGCCGCCCUGAGCAUGGAAGCCGUCUACGAGGAGAAGCUGGAGGCCCAGUAUGGCGAAUGGGGCAUGCUGGAGCUGACGCCGGAGCAGAAGGAGCGGGCUUGGGAGAAACAUCGUCGUGAUCAGCUCUCGCGUUUUGGAGUUGAGACCGCCAAGAUCAACCAAGCUCUCCAGACUGAAUUUGAGAAUGAGAUGAACUCCUUUGUGAAUGAUGAGGUCUUUGUGCAUGCGAUUGACUUCACUACAUGCUUGAAGCCGCUGAACUCUUCCGUGAACCUGGAGGAGAUCUUGGAGAAGGGCCGCAUUUUGAUGCGAUUUGCUUUGGAGUUGGCAGCCAUUCAACAUGAAGCUGGUCGGCACUACAUCCUGGAGAACCCUCAACCAAGUGCCGCUUGGAAAGAACCUGACAUGGUGAAGUUCUUGGACGAGUUUGAAGCCAAGGUUGCAAACCUUCACCAAUGCCAAUUUGGACUUCGCAGUCUUCGUGGUGGGCUUCACAGGAAAGCGACUCGUGUGGCAUCUUCGAGCUUUCCGGUGGUUGCUUUGCUGGAUGGGCGCGUGUGCGAUCGCUCCCAUGGUCAUGACCCGGUCAUUGGCGGCCGUGUGGUGACGGAACGGGCUGGGCACUAUCCUGGACCUUUGGCACGCGCCUUUGUGGUUGGGAUGGAGCGGCAGUUCAACAGCGAAGUGGCUCCUAGGGCUUCUGAAGUUCUGGCUGUGAGUCAUGGUGAAGACGCUGAUGAGGAUGGAGAAUCCAGUGGCAUCUAUUUCCCCGACAGUGAGACUGACGAGGAGGAUGGCACGAAGACUCCGAAUGCAAAGAUUCCGGCUAGUGUGCGAGCUGCUAUUGCUCGACUUCAUGACAACACAGGACAUCGCAGCAACAGGCGAUUGGCUCGUGCCUUGGCGAUCUCUGGAGCACCGGCAGCUGCCAUUCAGGCUGCCAAGGAACAUAAGUGCUCGAUUUGCGCAGAGCGUGCUCCGCCCAAGUCACAACGUGUUGGUUCUUUGCCCCAGCCUCGUGAUGUUUCCGACCAGGUGCACAUUGAUUUGUUGGAAGCUGAGGAUUGCAAGGGCACCAAAUACUACAUCAUCCAUGCGACCGACUUCUGCACUCGCUUCCAGAUGAGUGAGCUUUUGGAGAGAAAGACUGCAGGAGCGGUGGUGAAUUUUUUGAAGACUCGAUGGUGGCCAAUUUUUGGACCUAUGCGGACCUUGGUGGCUGAUCAAGGUCUGUUGGUGGCUGUUGAACAAGGUUCUGAAGGUAACACUGGGGCGAACGCCUACAUCUCCUUCAAGGGCCAGUUGACAAAGUGCAGCUUGGAGCAUGUGAGAAGGGCGAGUCCUAUGGAGCAAAUUGUUGCUGGUGAUUGGGAAGAAGCGAUUCGUGAGGCAGUGGCUAGCGCCUUGCGUGACAUGACCCGUAGUGGACUACCUGCUCGACCUCAAGAAGUACAUGAUCAACCAAUCCCAGAGGAAUCGGAGUGGCCUCCUGUUCCCAUUAGCGAGAGCGAGAGUCCAAGCACGGAGAGUCCAGAUGGUGAGCCACUUCCAGCUCAUCCUGCCUUUCCCACCGUUGGUGAGACGCCGCCGGUGAAACCACGUGAACGUCAACCUUCCAGUGACUUGCCUCCUGUACAUCCUCGUGAGAUGGUGAAUGCGUUGCAGUCAGGAACUGAGGCGAGUGUUUCGCGACUUCCCUCCCAUUCUGGAGUGAUGGCUUCGAGGUUGACGACCCCUAUGACCAGGCAGAAUACACCUAUGGCAGCUCCACCCUUGUUUGCAGGUGCUUCUUCUAGUUCAGCUGGCGUGCUGGGUGCGCAGAUUGAGCGUGCACGACUGUUGGAGAAACGCCCUGCGGAGAUGGAGACGGAAGAGCUUCGAUCCCUGGCUUCUUCACAAGCAGCCUUUGAACAACCUGUUGGACAACCUGGAGGUGAAUCUGAGCUGCAUGACACGUUGGUGGUGAGCAAGGAAGAUGUGAUGUCAGUGCUUGAGCAGGGUGACAAAGUACAUCCUCUCAUCAAGCUCUACUGUGAAGCUUGCGUUGACAGGGCAAACCCUCUUGAUGCUCAAGUACACGACCACGGCACCUGGGAUGGAAGAUGGGGUCUGCCAUCUCGCAGUGAGUUUCUAGCUCGCAAGAAACUUGGUUUGAUGUGGCCUUGCGGUGCUGAUGAACUUCAUGAGGCCAAUGCAGUCCAGGCUGCUCGAAAAGAGUACUAUUGGCGUGCCAUGACGCCUGACCAGAAAGCUGCCUUUCGUGUCGCUGCUGAAGCAGGUUGGUCUGUUUGGGAGACAAACGAGGCGGUCGAGGUCCUGGACGACAAGACUUCUCAGCGCAUCCGCGCUGACCUGAAGGCCAAGAAGGAGGACUGCAAGAUUCUGACUCCCAGGUGGGUGUUCACAGACAAGCAUGAUGGCUUGCGCACGAAGGAGAACAAUCUUGGGCUCAAGGCCAAUGCUCGGUUGGUCGUUCCUGGGUUCAAGGAUGUUUUGUCUUUCAGCCUGCGCAAAGAUGCGCCCACAGCCUCGAGAUUGAGCCAGCACCUUGUUUUCUCCUAUGUCGCUUCCUACUUCAAGGACCAUGGCUGGAGGUUGAUGAGUUGUGACGUGAAGUCCGCCUUCCUGAAGGGUGAUCCUUAUAUGGAUGGCACUCGCGAGCUUUUCAUUGAGAACACCAAGGGACUUCAUGGUGAACCUCAGUUGCCUUUUGGUGCCAGUUGUUUGGCGCGUGUGAGAAAGGGUGUUUUUGGUUUGAGCGAUGCUCCUCGGCAGUGGUAUCUGCGGCUUCAUCGUGCUCUGACUGAACUUGGUUGGGAGCGCAAUGUGAUGGACGCAGCAUGCUGGAUGUUGUGGGACGCUGAGCGCAAGACGCUUUUGGGCAUUUGUUUGUCUCACGUGGACGACCUCUUGGUUGGCGGUGGUGAGACGGCACGCAACAGCAUCCUCUCCUUAGAGAAGGUCUUGGGUUUUGGGUCGGUUGAGCACAAUUCCUUCAACUACUGUGGCAAACGAAUUUCUCAAGAUUUGACUUCCGGUGUGGUCACCGUGACUAUGAAGGAGUACCACGAGAAUGUCCGCCCAGCAGUUGUGCCUCUUCAUCGACGAGCUGAUCCCAAUGCCCUGCUGACAAGUUCUGAGCAAAAGCAAUUGCGAGCGCUUUUGGGAAGCCUCCAGUGGCUUGUGGCACAGGCUCGCAUAGACCAAGGUUUUGCAUUGAGCACUCUACAAGGAGAACAACCUCAGACAGUUGGCACCUUGCUUCGUUGCAACUUGCUCCUAAAGCAAAUGAAGCUGACCGCUAGCUUUGGCCUGACCUUUAGGCCGAUGUGCUUGGAGGAUGCGGGUGUGAUGGUGAUCACAGACUCAUCCUUGGGGAAUGUCACCAAGGAAGGCUCCACCAUUGGCUCUGUGGAAAAGCGUGUCUUCAGCCAGAGCUCCUACAUGGUCUUGUUGGCGGACAAGAAGUUGAUGUCCGGUGAGGAGGGCCAGUUCUGUCUCUUGGAUGGGCGAAGUCAUCGCCUGAGCCGUGUGUGUCGCAGCACAUACGCUGCGGAGCUGCUUGGGGCUGAGGAGGCCUUUGACUGUGGCCAGUUCAUCCGCGGCGUGCUUGCUUCCUUUCGUGGUUUUCCCAUGGAGAACCGCUUUGUGGAGAGCAUCAUGGACCUUGUUCCCCUCAGCGUGGUUGUGGACGCUAAGGAUGUUCAUGACAAGUGCAACAGUGAUUCCACCUGCGGUGCGCAAAAGAGUUUAGCUUUUGCUGUUGCAUGGAUGAGGUCAGUCCUCCGACGUCCUCGAACGUCACUGAGGUGGACGGCGACAGAGAACAUGAUAGUGGAUGGUGGGACGAAGUUCAUGGACAUGCAUCACAUGAGAACCAUCCUGAACCGUGGCCGUUGGUCAGUGAAGUUCAAUGUGGACUUCAUCAAGGGUAAGAGCAAGGGCACGAAGGGGAAGCCUGCUGCCGCCUUGAGUGAGGGCAAUCUGCCCGGUGAGCCGUUGCCUGUGAGCCAUCCUGUUUUUCCGUAUUUGCAUCAGUUAGGUGAUCGACCUGGCUGGCAUUUCGAUGGUGAUUUGGCCAUCAAUGUGGCACGAGAUGCCAAGUCUUUCCGCUCCCCUGCUCCUAGGUGCGAUGUAAAGAAGUUUCAUCUGCGCAGCACUUUUGGCCGAUUUGAUCACGAGGCCGGUGCAUCAGAAUGGAGAGCACUUGAGGAGGAGGUUGAUUUGAAUCAGCUAGCCAAUUUGCAGCAGCUGAUCGGAGCCACAGUCACGUUGUUCGGAGCUGCCGUGCGGCCGCUCUUCAUCAGUGGCACCGGAGCCGCCGUUUCAGGACAAGAAUGGAGGGUCAGGAGCUUGGUCAAGAGUUCCUACCUGGGAUGGAACCCUCAGGGCUGGAGAGCCUUCAUGAGGGAGAUGCAAUGGUGGAUGUCAGCCCUCGACCUUGAGGGAACGAAGAAAUACAACCUGGCUGCACGAUGGUUGUUGAGGCAGAGCGGCAUUGUCCGCCAACGUGGCGAAGAAUUCUCGCCUGCUGACUUGGAGUAUCAGCGAGAGAUCACCGCCACUGACCCGGUGACUGAGGAAGUCGUUGUCAUUACGCCUGAGGAUCCGUUGGCUGGCUUGCACAAGUUGUUGCGUGCAUUGGAGGGCAUCAAUGGCAAGACGGUCCUUGAUAAGCGUGGUGACCUUCGCAAUGCCUUCUACUUGGAGCUCCGUCGACGACCAGGUGAAAGGUUGGCAGAGUUCUGCACGAGGUUCAGGUCGGCAGUUGCUGAUUUGAAGGCAGAGGGCGUGGUUUUGCCUUCCUCGGAGCUCGGCUGGUUUUUGAAGCAGAAGCUUGGAUUGGACGCGAUUCGAGUUCAGUUGCUUGAGACGGCAUUGCAAGGUAAGGAGUCGUAUGAGGAGACGGAGCUGGAGGUCCUUCGACUCUUCCGAGACCUUCAUGUUGAAGAAGAAGAACCUCAUGAGGAGACUCAUGAGGAUGAACCGGAUGAGCAAUACUCCCUGGAGGAGGUCUUGCAGGCUGAGGCUGAGAUUCUGGCCACGGAGUUGGAGGAAGCCGUUGAUGACGGCAUUGGUCCUGACAUCAUUCAAGAUGUCGAAGAGACCGUAGAAUCGGCAGCGGAGGCUCUGUUGACUAUGAGGGAGGCUCGGUCAAAGUUGGCUGAGGUUCGAAAAGAUAGAGGCUAUGGCAAGGCCUCGACUGGAGCUGACUCACCAAAAGGCAAGAUGGCCAACAAGAAGAGCAAGCUUCCUUGUUUUGAUUGCAACCAACUCGGCCACUGGGCCGGAGAUCCUGAGUGCAAGAACCCCGGCGCUGGCCUUGGGCGUAAGAGUCCCAAGAAGCAUCCGAAGUCGGUGAAGGUUGUCGAGACCAUGAACACCGAGCAUGUUGUUGCUGACCCCACACUUUUGCCAGCCGUCGAUGGAAAUGGAGCCCUUGCAGUGUCGUGUGUUUCCCGAAAUUUGAAGUUGAGCGAUGUUUUUCAUGCCCCCAACUCCAAGGAGGUUCAUGCCGUGCACACUGGCCUUACUGCAGACAAGCGUCUUGCGGGUGCUUUGGACAGUGCUUGCAACCGGACGGUCACGGGUUCAGAGUGGCUUCACAGUUUUCUUCGUUGUUUGGAGCAUGCGCCCCAAGCUGUUCGAGAUCUGGUGCAGUCGUCCCCUGAACAUGAGGUGUUUCGUUUUGGAGAUGGUGGAACUCAAGUUAGCUCAACCAGGUGGCGAAUCCCCGUCAUGCUGGGCGACACCGUCCUUUGCGUAUGGGUUUCUGAAGUACCUGUUCCAAGCUUAGGUCUUCUUCUGGGCCGGGAUUUCCUCGAAUCGGUGGGGGCCAACAUGUCCUUUGCCAACCGGGUGAUCCAGUUUGAGUACUUGAAGUGCCAUGCCCUUCCUUUGAAGCAACUUGCUGCAGGCCACUACAUGCUGCGCCUGCUGCCGUCGCAUUGGGCAGUUCUUUGGCUGACCAUGCUAGCUGCCAAAGCCGCUCACAGCGCCGGUCGCGAAGACAACGAGACUCGGCAGCAUGUCAGGUGGACAAGAAUGGUCGCACGCCUCGCUGCAAGACAAGCUUGGCACUUAUGGGGUGUCUUCUUGUGGCUUGUGCGACGUCCUUCAAUGCGGUUCGUGCCUCUCCCGUACCCAUCGGUGUCCACCGUGAAACAAUGGCGACUUCAGGGCAAGACCCAGGAAGAGAAUGGCAUCGUCCCAAAGGGUACCUUUCAGAAGGCCGAGCUGUGGCAAGCAUGGACAGUCAGCAACAUGAGCGAUUGCAUUUGGCUUCGCAAUCGCAUGGGCAUUCGCUACGCGUUCCUGGAGGACCCCAUUCUGAUGGGCAUGCUGGCUGCGAAGAGUGCAAAGGGCCUGACGGCUCGUGUGAAAAAGGAGUCUAUUGCGGAGGCCGUGGAGAAAGCGCAUCAGUCCCAGAUGCAAGGCACUGCGGACCAAGAGGCUCGUGCUAUGAUUGGUCCCAGAGGUGGCCUUCCAACCCUUCGCUCAGAUCUUCUUCGUUUGGCAGCGUUGCUUCAUGUGCAUAUUGGAGAGAAGGACACCGUGCCGGUGAUCAAGGAGAAGCUGAAGCCUAUGGUGGAAGCGCUCAAGGGCCGCACUCCGGCUGCCGACAGCCGAGCUUCGUCCUCAACGGCACAGCCACCACCUGUGCGUCCUACAAGCGCACCAGUGCAGAAGCCCGCGGCGAAACCGCCACCGAGGGCCAUUCAGUCCUUCACACCACAGCCUUGCGAGGUGCUUCAUCAGACUCGAUCCAUGGCCGCCCUGGAACAGCUUCUGAAGCAGGUCAGCGCCGCCGUGGAGCAGAUCAAGGACCAGCCCUACAGCAUGCAGACUCAAGGAACGAUGCCUCAGCAAUACUCUCUCGAGCAGGCUUCCGACGUCUCCAUGAACGACUUGGACGCAGAGGCUCAACGCCAGCUGAUGGAGGACGCCGCCCUGAGCAUGGAAGCCGUCUACGAGGAGAAGCUGGAGGCCCAGUAUGGCGAAUGGGGCAUGCUGGAGCUGACGCCGGAGCAGAAGGAGCGGGUCCUGGACCCGUGA